CAAGUGCAGGCACGACGAGCCGAGACGCAACAUCUACUGCUUGCUGAAAUACACAUCUGCUAACGUUCCACGAUGGUGGAUGUAACAGUGCUGAGAGUUGAAAACGAGGGUGAUUAGUACUCGGUAGAGUUGUGGUGUCUUGUUGUGGUUCUUAAUUUAAUGUUCUGAUUCGGAUGCCCACCUUUGGUGCCAUCGGAAAAAACACGCCGAUAAUGGGCUGGAAAGUGAACCAAUAUGAAGAAUUCGACGCCGCAAAGACGAAAAGAGAGUCUAUUGCGGCGGACGACGCCAGCUCGAUCGACAGCAUACCGGAUAUCGAUCGCCCGCCACUAAGACACAUCGAUAAAUACAUCAGACCUGAACUGCCAUGCCUGACGAAAAGAGCGACCGUCGCCUUCCUCAGCUGCGUCGGUUUCAUCAUCAUGUUCGGCAUGAGGACCAGCAUGAGCGUCGUCAAAUUAAAACUGAACAACACGUGGUCACCGGAAACUCUGUCAGCAGUAGACUCGGCAAUCUUCUGGGGUUACUUCGUGACACAAAUCCCCGGAGGGUUGAUCGCCGCCGCCUAUCCGGCCAACGCACUGUUCGGCGCCGCCAUCGGCAUCUCAUCGUUUCUCAAUCUGCUCGUGCCGCUCAUCUAUCAAAAUCCCGACAUCCUAAUCAUCAUCAAGGUCUUGCAAGGUUUAGUAGAGGGCGUAACGUAUCCGGCUUGUCACGGUAUAAUGCGCCACUGGGCGCCACCUUUGGAACGAUCCAGGCUGGCUACUCUCGCCUUCAGUGGUUGUUAUGCAGGAGUCAUGUUUUCUUUGCCCAUUUCAGGAGAGAUGACUGAAAAUUUAGGAACAUUGUCGCCGUUUUACUUCUACGGCAUAGUAGGCAUAAUAUGGUACUUGUGUUGGAUUUGGUUAGUUUUCGAGAAACCCUCCUACCACACGUGUAUAGAAGCGAAAGAGCUUUUGUACAUAGAGAACGCAUUGGGAAGUGGUCAUCAGCAAGCAUACGUGGCGCCAACUCUUUCAAACACACCGUGGAAGUCGUUUUUCACAUCCAUGCCCUGCUAUGCGAUUUUCGUAGCCAAUUUUUGCCGUUCUUGGAACUUUUACGUCCUUGUACUCUUCCAGGCAGCUUACUUCCAAGAUGCGUAUAAUUCGGGGGUUCAAGAGAACACGAUCCUGGGCGCACUCCCUCAUCUACUGAUGACGAUCAUCGUGCCCAGUGGCGGCUUACUGGCCGACAGACUGAGAAAGAAAGGUAUUCUGACAACGACCCAGGUGAGGAAGCUGUUCAAUUGUGGCGGAUUCGGAAUGGAGGCCACCUUCUUUCUCAUCAUGGCCUAUUCUCACACGAUAACGCAGGGAAUGACCGCACUUUCGAUAGGCGUUGCCUUCAGCGGUUUCGCAAUAUCUGGUUUUAAUGUUAACCAUUUGGAUAUCGCCCCGAAAUACGCCAGUAUUUUGAUGGGCAUGUCCAAUGGGAUUGGGACCAUUGCGGGCUGUUUGUGUCCCAUUGUUGUGCACAAGAUUGUCGUCGACAAGACGAGGGACGAGUGGCGCGAGGUGUUCAUAAUAUCGGCGGUCAUCCACUACUUGGGCAUCAUAUUUUACGCGAUCUUCGCCAGCGGCGAGCUGCAACCGUGGGCGGACUCGAAGGCCGAGGAGGAGAAGCAAUGGAACCAGAUGAACGAGGCGCCGAUGAAGCCGUCACCGUCGAAGAGCAACGGUUUGCUCCACCGUCAGCUGAGCGGUGCGGCCGCCGGUUACGGAACGGUGGAGACCGCGUUGCCCGCCCGUCCGCCGCCGCCGUCGCAUCAGAACUCGCAGGAGACGCCGACCAGGCCGCCGGCUCCGCGGCAACUGCCGCAGCAGCCGCCCUCCGCUCCCGUUGUGCCGUCCGGGAAUCCGUUCAUGAGCGGCGGCUUGAGCGGCAACAAUCCGUUCAGGCAGGAGGCGGUACAACCGGAGCCGCAGGAUUCUUAUAUGCACGGUACUAUUGACGAUAGAACGUAUUGAAUGAUUGAUCGGCCAUAUAAAUGAAUUAAUGAUUAGUUGAAGAUUGAAUUGUUUUUGGUACUUCUACAGUCUUGACUUUUGUUAUCGUUACCAUGUUUCAAGUAGUAAUAAUUAAAGGCACUAACGUUGGGACAAUGCAAGUCCAGAAACAAUUCAAUCUACGAUUAUUGUCUAAAAAUUCCGAAAAAGUGUUUAAUUAUUGAUAAUGUGUUGUCAGUUAGCAGAAAGAAAAAUUUUUACUUUUUGGAGAAAGUAAUGACUGAAUUAAACAUCAUCUUGUUCAUGACGAUUAAUGUUAGUAUUCAUGUUAGAGACAAAAUUUUUUCUACGACUACAAAUUACAUACGAACAAUUUAGAUAAGAAUACAAAUUUUGACGAAUAGUUUACAUGACCGUAGGUAAAAUAGUAUCUAAACUAAAAACUAAGAUCACUUCAUUAUUUUGACAGGAUAUAUGUAUAAUAAUAUAUAAAAAAAUAACUAUUCUAAAAUAGUCGUACAGAAUAUUACUUCAUAAUAUUACUAUUAACAACAAAAAGCGUCGACAAUAAUAGAAAUGUUUGGACAAUAAGAGAAUUGAGAACUAAUAACACUUUAUUAUAUAAUUAUAAUAUUUCAUAAUUUUAUUAUUAUUCAAAAAUUGGGUAAAGAUUUGUUUAGCAAAGAGUAAUAUUAUAAGGAAUCAUACAAUUAAGUGUCUUAAACUCAUAUUAAUCUUAAUUGAUUUUGUGUAAAUUAGCACCAAAUCAAAACUUACUUGUGAUUGAUUCUAAAAAUAUUUAACAAUCAAUAUUUUCAAGUUAUAUUUUGUAACUUCAGGAUUGUCAACCUAAUUAAUAAAGCAAUAAUGAAAUAAUAAUAAUAAAACCAGUAAACAAAGUUAACAGAUUUCUUCCACUUAGGAUUGUUGUCAAUCUUGUUGGUUGAGUGACUGUAAAAAGAGUGCUAUUUUACAACAACUUAAAUUUGUAAAAAUAUACUUGCAAUUGUUAACCACGCACCUCAUAAAUAUAGUUGAUUGUCUAUAUCUAUUGUCUAUUUAUAUCCGUACGUUUUUCAGGGAGAAACUUACGGCGUUGUUAGUAUAUUUGCGACAAUAACGGGUUUGGUAAUUUUUUUCUUAGAUUGGGUUUUUUGAGCAUUUUUGAGAUGAAUGUUAUUGCACAGGCAAAAUUGCACGUGUAAAUAAAUGAAAGCACGUGCGUGCCAGCCUUAUCGCACCCUUAAAAACGUUGAUAAAAAUGAAUCUUUGCCCAAUAUUUGUACAGCAUAAAUGUGCAACGAACUCACUCGAAUAUUUUCUUCUUAUGUCUUGACAAAAUUCUUUUUUGUUGGAACAAGACUUAAAAAGUAUUUAUUGGAACAAGUUUUAGAGGAUUUUAAAAUGAAUUGCUUAGUUAGACGAACACUAAAUUAAACCAGUGUUUGGAUAAAACGUCAAUUUUAUAGCAAAUUUAACAAUUUUUUUUUUAAAUUUCCACCGAAAUACGUUAAUUAAACAUUCGAAUUGUUUUUCAAUAAACACAAUGUAUAUAAUAUGAUUUUGAACUGUCGUACUAGAACAACAGAGCAAUGUAGUUGAAUGCACUAAGCACUGAAUGAAUGCACCGAAAAAAUCACUGUAAAUAUUAUUUCUGUUUUGUUAAUUCAUUUUUUUUUUCCAAAUUGAUUGAUUGCAAACUGAUUAAAAUUCAAAUUAAUUCGUUUGCAUAAUGAAAUAAAUCAUAAAAUCAAUGUUUUGUAUUAUUUUGCAUGAGCCUCUUAUUUUUAUUAAAACAAAUAUUUUUAUAAAAUUGCACCAACGCACAAAGCACCUUGCACCUGAUUAUUUUAAAAUUAUUUUUAAUUUAAAAAUAAAAUACACUUUUUCUUGAUUUUACAACAUUGUGAUAAUUUCAAUGGUUUGAAAGAUAUGUAAAUAUGUAGGAGUAUGCUUGUUAUUUGUUUAGAUUGUUCUAAAAUAGUUUCCUGUCUCUGUUUUUCUAGUAUGUGUACAUAAACAUUUUCUGUUAUUCAUGGAGAAAAUUAAAAAUGUUUAAUUAUUCGUUAAAUGAUUAGAUAUUUUGUAUUUUUUCCUUGAAGUCCCUCUUAUAAUUGUUUAUAAAGUUAGAAGUACUAUUAAUAUUUUGGGUACUACCCAGGCUGUGCUGACAAUAAAUUUGAUGGGGUCACAACCCUAUCAAAACUUUGAUAAUAUUUAAGAUAAUUUAGAAACUGUAUGAAUUAAAGUAUGAUGGAAAUUAUAACAGAUGGGAAAAAACUCUCAAACUAAUGUUUGAAUUGUUCUAUUGAGAGUUACAUAUAAAAGGAAAGAAGGUGUGAAUGGAAAGAGAAAUUUUAUUUUUUUCUAAUAUUGUUUCAAUUAUGAAAUUUCAUAACAAUAAAUAAUACAAAAUAAUAAAAUUUAUUGCUAUGCAAAUUCAAAAUGUUUCAAUUAAAAAUAUUUUUAUAAAAAAAUAUAAAAAAUAUACCACAAUUUAAUAAAUUGUAUUGUUAUUUAUAUUUCUUAAAAUAUUGUUUAUAUUUUGUGUAUUAUGAGUUCAAAAAAAAUACUUUAAUUUUUUCAUUUUAAAUGAUAAAUUAAUUUAAAGUUAAUAUUCAAACUAAUUUAAUCAGAAAUAUUUUAUAAAUCAACUGAUUAAUGUCAAUUACUUUUAAAGCACAAACAUUCUAUUGUCGAAAAAAAUAUUCCAUUUCCAAAAUAAUUUAAUGUAAAUUGGAAUAUUUUAAAUAUUGUAUUUCUGAUUAAACUGUUAAAAAUAACUUAAUCUAUUUGAAAAUAAGGCUUAGAUCAGAAUGUGUAUUAAAAAAUCACUGAAAUCAAAUUAAAAUAAUCAUAUUAAUUAAUUUGGGAUGUAUUUUAAAUGUAAUUGCAGUUUUAUAUGUGUGUAUAUCUUGAAAAAUCAAUAAUCUUCGUAUUCUAAUAAAAUGACUAGUUAAUAAUUUUCGUUGUCAUAAGGUGUAUGAAUAUAAACUUAAGUCAUUGUUAUUGUUAUUUAGUUUGCGUUAAAAUUUGUUCAAUUAAAAUGUAUGUCUUAAAAAGUAUUCUAUAAAAAUUGUUAGACAAGUACUGUUUAUGGAAUUUAAUCAGGGACAAAACGAUUUUUUUACUUCUGUAGAUGUUUUUUCUUAAUUAUUUGUAGACUGACAGUUUUGGCCCUGGUUUCAUUUUUAUCCUGAAUUACUAUUAAUAAUACCUAUACAUAUUAGAGCAGUAUUAGUUGACAACUGUUGUAUAGAGCAGACAAUAAAAGUAUACAAAAACAUGUAUAUAAAAUCUGCGAUAGAAUUUAUCCAUGACUAACUAGUUAAGCAGAAGCCUAAAUGUAAAAAUGUGUAAAUAAAUGUAAUUCCUGUAAUUUUCGCAGUCGCACAAUUAAUUUUACGUUGUUAGUCAAACUGUUACUGCCGUAGCAAUUGUUUCAUUUUAUUUUUCUACAUAACAAAUAUAUCAACAUUCGGUAGCUGUGUAAAAACUUGUAAAGUUGUUAAAGUGAAUAUACGACAUUGUUUUUGGGGAUAGUGUUUAGCAAAAUGAUUUCCAAAAACGAUUGUAUAGAUCUCGUGGGUGUUAAGUGUCUCUAUCUCUUUUUACAUCUCUCUAACUCGUCAAUAUACAUGUAAAAUUUUUAUUUCGGCGACGACCGUGUUGUAAAUCUCGCUUGAAUAAAAAUUUUCGUCCGUAGUUGUGUUUGUGCAUCGCUUCCACUGCUUCGUAUUAAAUUUUCGUUGGAAAUUUUUGAUAAAAUAACUCCGGAAAACGGAUUUCCAAUUUUUGUGGCGGUUUUUGGAAAUCCACCACAGUUUUCCGAUAGAGCAUUUUAGUGUAGAGGCAAUAAUUACAUGAAGAAUACAAAAGUGACAAAAUGCAUAUAUACGUGUACGUUAGUGUUUUAAAUCUUGGCAUAUCUCUGUGUUAGGAUACUAUUAUUAUGAGAUUAUUUAUUAUUAUUAUUAUGGUUGUUAUAUCUAAGGUGAACCGGGUGAUAUCUUAUGAUGAUCCGCAUCCGGAAGUGCAUGCUAAUAAUGUAUUUAAAGAACCUAAUGGAUUUAACAAAUGUUGCAAUGUCCCUUACUAAGUAGAUUUUUUAGUCCGUACAAAAAAUGUAUUCAAAUUUCAAAUGUGAUGUAAUAACAGUUACAAAAAAUUACAUAUGUGUAAGAACAAAGUAAAAGCAAUGUACUUAAAACUCGUUACAAGAUUAUCAAUGUGUUAAAUAUUCAAUAAAAUCUAAGAAGAG